GGUUUUCAGGCGCUAGGGAGGUGCGAGGUCCGGAGUGUGCACUUCCUUUACCAGCCUGCGACCUCGUGGUUGAACAUUAAAAUGCUACGGUAGAAGGCUGCCAGCUAGAUUGAGCUGCGUAUGUCACAGGGUCGUUUUGUGGACCGGCUGAAUGGUGGGAGGCGAGAGACCUGGCUUCCUGUGCUUUUUCUACCACGAUGUGUUUUGUGUCUUUGUUUUGAUUUUUUUUUUUUUUUAAUUUUAACGUGGCCUAAGUUUACGUGGCCUAAACUCUCUGAAUCUUGAUUUCCCCGUGUCUAAAGUAAGGGGCCGUCUACAAUCUCAGACAUUCCAUCCUUCGUGUGUCUACCACCUCUAGUGCUAACACAGGGCACAUCUUGAAUGCAGACACGGAACUACUAGAUGGCAGUUCCUGGAUUUACCUUUGGUGCAUUCAUACUUGUGUUGCACGUUAGUUCUGUGGCUAAUUAUCCCAGCGGAAAAGUAGGAAAGUCAUGCCAUGGAAUGGUUCCUGAACACAGUCAUACUGCACGUUCUGACCCUGUUCACAACGUUUCAGUGAGUCAGAUGACAUUCAGACCAGGAGACCAGAUUGAAGUUACUUUGUCAGGGCUACCAUUUAGAGGCUUUCUUUUAGAAGCACGUAAUGCUGAGGAUUUGACUGGCCCUCCUAUUGGCUCCUUCACAUUAAUUGACAGUCAAGUGUCGCAGCUUCUGACCUGUGAAGAUGUACAGGGAUAUGCUGUGAGUCACACAAAUCCAUCCAAGAAAACAAAAAUUAAAGUCUACUGGAAUGCUCCAAGCAAUUCUCCGAAUCACAUAAAGUUUCUAGUCACAGUUGUUGAGAAGUAUAAAAUCUACUGGGUGAAGAUUCCUGGCCCUGUAAUUUCACAGCCCAAUGCACCGCCUUUUACAACACCUGAAGCUACAGUAGCACCUUUGUCAACAUUACCUCCUGUAUCCCAUUUAACCAAAUCAUUCAGUGCUUCAGAUUGUGGGAACAAGAAGUUCUGUAUUCGGAGUCCUUUGAACUGUGACCCAGAGAAGGAGCGUGCCUGUUUCUUCUUGUCCUUCACACGAGAUAACCAAUCAGUGGUGGUUGAAUUGAGCGGUCCCAGUAAAGGCUAUUUAUCCUUUGCGUUUUCUCAUGACAGAUGGAUGGGUGAUGAUGAUGCUUAUGUGUGUAUUCAUGAAGAUCACACUGUGCACAUACAACCAUCCCAUUUGAUGGGGCGAAGUCACCCUGUGAUGGACUCCAGGGGUGCUCUUGAGGAUAUGGCUUGGAGGCUGGCGGAUGGUGUUAUGCAGUGUUCUUUCAGAAGAAACAUUACCCUUCCUGGGGUUAAGAAUAGAUUUGAUCUAAACACAAGCUACUACAUCUUUCUAGCAGAUGGUGCAGCUGACAAUGGUCGAAUAUAUAAGCAUUCUCAGCAACCUUUGAUUACAUAUGAGAAACAUAAUGUGACAGACUAUCCAAAGAAUGUGGGAGGCUCCCGUUCUUUAUUUCUUCUGAAGGCUCAUGGUGCUUUAAUGUUUGUGGCAUGGAUGACUACUGUUAGCAUAGGUGUGCUCAUGGCUCGGUUCUUCAAAUUUGUUUGGGCAAAGCCUGUUUUUGGUCAAGCAGCUUGGUUUCAGGUACAUCGGACGCUCAUGCUCACUACUACUGCCCUCACCUGCAUUGCUUUUGUUCUGCCUUUUAUUUACAGAAGAGGCUGGAGUUGGUAUGCAGGUUAUCACCCAUACCUUGGCUGUAUAGUGAUGGUUUUAGCAGUUCUUCAGCCUCUUCUGGCAGCCUUCAGGCCACCUUUAUAUGACCCCAGAAGGCAAAUGUUUAACUGGACGCACUGGAGUAUGGGAACAGCUGCUAGAAUAAUAGCAGUGGCAGCAAUGUUCCUGGGAAUGGAUUUACCAGGACUGAACCUUCCUGGCCCAUGGAAAACCUAUGCAAUGACUGGAUUUGUAGCCUGGCAUGUUGGGACUGAAAUUGUCCUGGAGAUACAUGCUUACCGACUUUCUCGAAAAGUUGAAAUAUUGGAUGAUGCCAGAAUUCAGAUCCUUCAGUCAUUUACUGUAGCUGAAGCAGAAGGACAUGCUUUUAAAAAGGUGGCGUUAGCAGUUUAUAUCUGUGGGAAUGUGACUUUUCUCAUCAUAUUCUUAUCUGCAAUCAAUCAUCUAUGAGCAAGCAAAGACCUUGGCUUUGCAGACCAGAUGAUAAUUAUCAUUAAGCCAAAGAAACUUGAAGCCUGUACUGACUGCCUGGAACGUAUUCAUGAAUUCUAAUUUGGAAGACCAGGCCAUGUCUGUAGAGGAAUUCCGAAGUAUGGUCCUUAGGGAUCAGCUUUCAGCAGGGUCCUAUGGAUUCGAAAAAGGAUAUCAAGCCUUUGUGUGUGAUUCUGAGUGUUACCAAGGAAGGUUGUACUUGAGAAGAAGUGAUUAUCAAAUAUUUUCUAUGGUGAGAUUUUUAGAAUGUUAGCAUUUAAGAAAAUAACUGGAAAGGCAGAAAUGAUGUCAUUCGGAUGAAAUGGGGAUUCUAUUAAGGUACAUGUAUUUUGGGUUAUAGGGGUGCUGUGGUACUUUAAAGAAACCAUCUAUACUUGUUUAUCAGGAUGGUUUUUCUUAGGACUUUUUGUGAAACUAUGUUUUCCAGUACAGUGUUUUGGACAUGUC